AUUCCAUUCCUGUUUAGCACUGGUCCCCGAGUUCAUUGGUCAUGGCUCCUCGUUCAAGACGGCGAAAGCACAAGAAACCCCCAUCAGAGAUUCCCAUGCUUGAAAUCUUACCCACAGAAAUGUCUCCAGUGCCUCCAACCCUCUCAAAACCUGGCCCUAGCAUUGACGCACUUGGUUUCCUUUCCUUGGACAAUAAUGUACCAGGUCUGUCCCAGCUGAUCCUCCAAAAGCUGAACAUAAAGAGCUAUGAAGAAUACAAGUUGGUGAUAGAUGGGGAGACCCCAGGGUCAAGCUUUGGAUUUCGAUGUCAACAAGAAAUGUUCCAGAGGAUGGAGGACACAUUCCGAUUCUGUGCUUAUUGUAAAGCACUCCCUCAUGGCCUUUCCAAUUGCAAGGUUCUCCGGCACUGUAAGAGGUGCAGAAAUGUCUAUUACUGUGAUACAGAGUGCCAGAGAUCAGAUUGGCCAGCACAUAGGAAGGUUUGUCGAGAGCUCCGUCUUGUGGCUGUGGAUCGUGUCAUGGAAUGGCUUCUGGUCACAGGUGAUUUUGCCCUACCCUCAGGACCUUGGCUAUGUCUGCCUCAAGAUAUACAGAAUUGGGAUACCUGGUUUUCUAUGAGAGGUUUACAGCUAGAAUCUACAUUGAAUGCUCUUCUGGAGAGCCAUGCUAUGACCAUGCUUUGGGCCAGUCUAGGAAGACCACGGCCAGACCCAGAUGUCUUGCAUGCCUCUCUGAAGCGGUUGAUGACAGAUGUUCUGUCACGGCCCUUGACCCUGGGCUUAGGGCUUCGGACUCUGGCAGUAGAUGUUGGGAAGACUGGUGGAAGCACGUUGCAUGUUGUUGGUGCUUCCCACGUGGAGACAUUUCUCAUUCGUUCUGGAGAUUAUGAUGAGCUUGGCUACAUGUUUCCUGAACACCUUGGCUUUCGUGUGAUCAUGGUGGGUGUGGAUGUGGGUGCUGACCUUUUACAGCGUUCCUCAUCUUUACCCCUGGAGCCUGGAACAAUUCAGCUUAGUGGCCACAGGGCCCUUUAUCAUGAUUUCUGGGAGGAACAGAUAGAGACUGGGAAUCUUGCUCAUCCAGAUUUGGUGGCUGCAUUCCAUCCAGGUUUCCAUGCCUCCCCAGGCUUGAUGGAAGCUUGGCUACCUACCCUGCUGCUACUUCGUGACUAUGAGAUUCCAACGUUGAUUACUGUUUACAGCCAACAGGAAUUGGAAGCCUCUUUGCAGAUUCUGGUGAACUUGGACACACACAUCAUUGCUUGUGGAACUAAUCCUUUCGCAUCCCUCAAACCAGAACAGGUCUAUUCUAAUCCCAACAAGCAACCAGUAUACAGUAGUGCUUACUACAUCAUGUUUCUUGGAAGUUCAUCCUGCCAACUAGAUAAGAAACAACUAGAAGAAAAAGCAGAUGAUUUUUCAGUAGUUGAACCAAAUCUUAACUGAAUGCCUGGGAAAUGGAAGCUUAACCAAAUUACCCUGUUGAUGUCUGAUUUUUGCCAGCUUUGGAACCUAUUGCUGUAGGCUAAACCUUAUUCAUAGUUCAAUUAAAGAUUCUAAACCAAUGGAUGUUAACAUAACCAGACUCAUUUCUGUUUUUUUUCCCCUAGAACUUGCCAUUGAUCCCAGGGCC